AUGGUCCAGGCACGCACUGCUUUCAGCAUGUGCACUGGUGCUGGUACAGCUGAGAUGGCCAGAAGCCUGAUCCAAAAGUAUUUCAAUGAGCAAGGAUAUGAUAUGAACAUCAAGACAGUCGCCAUGUGGGAGUGGAACGAGCGCUGUCACAGCAUCAUUGCGAGCAACCUGAGCUGGUGUGAGCAAGUCACAGGGCACAGGGAAGCGCCGCAUUUGUUCAGUGACAUUGAAUCCUUGAACCCACAGAGUUGCUACAGGGGUGACUUCAAAUCACUGAGCUACUCAGAGAAGAGGGACCGGAUUUUGGGUAGUGAGAUGCAUUGCCUUCAAAAGUGUGAGCGUUGCUGUGAUGACCUUUGCCCCGUUCCAGCGGCCGACUUUGGAGUGAGUGGCCUUCCUUGCCAAGACAUGUCUCGUGCUGGGGCUCGGGCAAUGAGGGAGGGCAGAACCAACACUGUAUACUUGACCCACGCCAAGUACAACCGCAUAAACCGCACACCAGUGAUGGUUAUAGAGUGUACACCAGACUUGGACAUGGGGAUGGUGGAGGAUUGCCACGGCCCUGAGUAUGAUUUUUACCAGACUAUGAUGCAGCCACAAGAUUGUGGCCACGCAGGUGUUUCUAGGCAAAGGACCUAUGUCAUUGGAGUUCACAACCAGCGUUCUGUGGUUCUUCAUGACCCCUGGUGCCUUCAAGAUGUCCUGAAAACAAAAUUGUGUGAUCGUGUGACAUGGCCGAGUGACUACCUAGUCGCAACACCGACCGAGAUUCAGCUGGAAGCUGAAGCAAAGGCCCGUGCUAGGAAGGUUGUCUACCAGCCGCACAGCACUGACCUUACCUACCUUUUGAGCACCAGGGAAUUGAUGGCGUUGGACCAGUACGAGCAGGAAUACUUCAAUAGGAUUGGUGUGCCUGCGACACUGGAUGAGGACCUCAUCGUAUUUCUUGGAGACAACCCGGGCUAUUCGUUGACCUGGUCACUCAAUGGAAAGAUCCCGUGCUACAGGGUCAACGCAAAGAGUGGACUUCACUGGAGCCCCAGGUUUCAACGUUUUUUUGACUUCAAAGGAAAAACUUGCCACCCUUGGUUGGCCAGUUACUCCAGAGAUCUGCACGAGCAUGAGGGCGCCAAUCAUCCCAACGCUGGAUGUCAAGCGUGCCAGUGA